ACUGAUCGGGAAAAUUAGUAUUUUAGAAUGCAGCGGCUGGCACAGAGGUUCAUGUUCUGCUGGGUUAUUCACAUACGUGUCCACUCGACUAUGCUGGCUUACUCAGCCUCUAACUGUCCAAAGAGGGUAGUUAUUGUGGACUUAUACGAAGUUAUUUAGAAGAAUACGCCAGUGGAUUUGUUUAUGUUAGCCGAAGUGGAUGCCAAACGCGCUGGCAGUGAAAGUCGGAGGAUGAAGUUGAAGAGAAAUGUGCAGAGAGCAAAACCAAUCAGAAGCAGGAGACACUAGAGACCAUCUUGCGAUGGGAUCACACCAGCCGCGACGCCCGUCAACACGUCGACGUUCCGACCCACGAGCAUAAUUUGAGACUUUUCUCUACAACCGCAACUAUGUCUGUUUGGGAUGACUUGGACCUGCUCUUAGACUCCCCCUCCUCACUGACUGUGACAUCCAGUGCAAGAGGAACUGUGAAGGACACGGCAAACUUCAAAGUGGAAGAAGAUGUGUCUGCAUUAAGGAAGGCCAUAGAGGGCAUUGGUACGACAGAAAAGACACUAAUUGAGGUGUUGACCCAAAGGAGUAACGCUCAGCGUCAGCUUAUUGCUAAGGCCUACGAGAAAGCCACAGGAAGGACAUUAAUCGCUGACCUGAAGGGAGACACUCACGGAGACUUUGAGGACUUGUUAGUAGCCUUGGCAACGCCUCCUGCUGUCUAUGACUGUCAUGAAGUCAUCAAAGCCAUCAAGGGUGCAGGGACCACAGAGAGUACGCUGACAGAAAUCUUUGCCUCGAGAUCCAACAGACAGCUCAUCGCCAUGUCUGAAGCAUACCUUGCAGAAACUGGAAGACCGAUGAUAAAUGAUCUGCGGUCGGAGGUGUCUGGAGAUUAUGGCAAAGCACUGCUCAUCUUGGCUGAGGGGAAGCGAGACGAGAGCACCAGUGUGGAUAAUGCCAAAGCUAAAGCAGAUGCUAAGGCCCUAUACGAAGCAGGGGAGAAGAAGUGGGGAACUGAUGAGGGGAAGUUUAUUGACAUCCUGUGCCACAGGAGUGUUCCCCAGCUUCGACAGACUCUGGUAGAGUACAAAAAUAUUAGUAAGAAGACUCUGCAGGACAGCAUUGAGAGCGAGAUGUCUGGAAACCUGGAGGAGCUACUUGUGGCUGUCGUUAAAUGUGUGAAGAAUGUUCCUGCAUACUUCGCUGAGAUCCUUUUCAAGAGCAUGAAGGGUGCAGGGACCACAGAGUCCACUCUGACCAGGAUAAUAACCAGUCGCUCGGAGAUCGAUUUGCUGGAAAUCAGAGCCGAGUACAAGAAGCUGUUUGGAAAUUCCCUCUACUCCCAGUUAGAGUCUGAAGUGUCUGGCAGUUAUGGUGACGCCCUGAAGCGUCUAUGCGGCCAAGACUAACUCUUCCCAGCUCCUGUGAUGAGAAACAUGUGGUAUGAAGUGCAGCUUUACCCCAUAGCAGAUGGGAGGAACCGCGUGAAUAUCCAGUCGCUGACCUUUCCAAUAGCAUCAUACUAAUACAUGGAACUAAACAUCUAGAAAGCCCUUUUAAUGUGGAAUUCCAGUAAUGUUCAACCAGACAUUGAUGUUUUAAACUACAGUGCCAUGCAGACUGGAUGAUUCACACACAAAGACACAAAGAAGAAGCAGUUAUUCAUGGAUAUGAAGUUUGCGUUGAAUGUCUUUGAAUAUAUAAAAUUGUUUGUAUUCCAUGUGACUGCUAGCUGUUAUUAACUGCACAUUUCUUCCUGUAUAAUGUAUAACACAUAAAAGUUGGCAAUAUACACACAAAAUAACUGUCAUACUUUCACAUUUAAGAAAAUAAAAAUACUGUAUUCUA